CCCGCCCGCAGCCGCGCCGGGCGCGGGGCAUGGCCAGACUCACCGAGGGCGAGGCGAGGAGGCAGCCGCCGCCGCCGCUCCCGCUCCCGCCAGCGCCGCAGCCGCCGCGCCGAGCCUCCCCCAUGAGCAGCAGCGGCGGCGCGGAGCCCCCCGCGCAGCCCGACAGCAUGAAGGACCUGGAUGCCAUCAAGCUCUUCGUGGGGCAGAUCCCGCGCAACCUGGAGGAGAAGGACCUCAAGCCGCUCUUCGAGCAGUUCGGCAAGAUCUACGAGCUCACCGUGCUCAAGGACCGCUACACCGGCAUGCACAAAGGUUGCGCCUUCCUCACAUACUGUGCCAGAGACUCUGCCAUCAAAGCCCAGACAGCACUGCAUGAACAGAAGACUUUGCCAGGGAUGGCUCGCCCGAUCCAGGUGAAACCUGCCGACAGCGAGAGCCGUGGAGGUAGGGACAGGAAGCUCUUUGUGGGCAUGUUGAAUAAGCAGCAGUCUGAGGAUGAUGUGCUUCGGCUCUUCGAACCUUUUGGGGUCAUUGAUGAAUGUACCGUGCUGCGUGGACCUGAUGGCAACAGCAAAGGCUGUGCCUUUGUCAAGUUCUCCUCUCACACGGAGGCUCAGGCAGCGAUCCAUGCGCUCCACGGCAGCCAGACCAUGCCCGGUGCCUCCUCCAGUCUAGUGGUGAAGUUUGCUGACACAGAUAAGGAGAGGACCCUGCGGCGUAUGCAGCAAAUGGUGGGGCAGCUGGGGAUUUUCACUCCAUCUCUCACCUUGCCGUUCAGCCCAUACAGCGCCUAUGCGCAGGCUCUGAUGCAGCAGCAGACGACGGUCCUGUCCGCCUCCCACGGCAGUUACCUGAGCCCGGGCGUCGCCUUUUCGCCGUGCCACAUCCAGCAGAUCGGCGCCGUCAGUCUCAACGGGCUGCCAGCCGCUCCCAUUGCACCAGCAUCAGGGCUACACUCGCCGCCUCUCCUGGGGACAGCAGCCAUGCCAGGGCUGGUGGCACCCAUUUCAAAUGGCUUCACUGGAGUGGUACCAUUCCCAAAUGGGCAUCCCACCUUGGAAACAGUUUACACCAACGGCCUUGUGCCAUACUCAGCCCAGAGCCCUUCCGUAGCAGAGACCUUGCACCCAGCCUUCACUGGAGUUCAGCAGUACGCAGCUGUGUAUCCAACCACCACCAUCACCCCCAUUGCUCAGAGCAUCCCUCAGCCACCUCCUGUCCUGCAGCAGCAGCAGCGAGAAGGUCCUGAAGGCUGCAAUCUCUUCAUCUACCAUCUCCCUCAGGAGUUUGGAGACAACGAGUUGAUGCAGAUGUUUCUGCCCUUUGGCAAUAUCAUUUCCUCCAAGGUAUUCAUGGAUCGUGCCACCAACCAGAGCAAGUGUUUUGGCUUUGUAAGCUUUGACAACCCAUCCAGUGCACAGACUGCUAUCCAGGCCAUGAAUGGCUUCCAGAUUGGCAUGAAACGUUUGAAGGUCCAGUUGAAACGACCCAAGGAUGCUAACCACCCCUACUGACAGCAGUGAACAAGCAGGAGUCACUUCUGCAGAACAGGUGAAGGCAAAGUCCAGAGGAAGAAUUUCUGCUUCAGGUUGAUUUACAGAGAGGCCAGUAAAUGUAUCAACUCUUUUGACAUCACCCCUUUCCUCCUCCUGUCCCCCUACCCCAACCCACCCUCCCCUUCUCCUCCUCCUCUUUCUGCCCUCCUCCCCAAAACUUACAACUAAAGAGAAGGCUGAAAACAAAAACCAAUCUGCCCAGCAGGAAGAUUCUUGCCACGUUGGACUUGUGUAUUUGCUGCUAUUGUGGUGCAUAGCAAAGGGACCAGAACAACCCAGCAGCCCUUGGGGAACACAAAGCUCUUCCUCUUGGGGUCUGCAUGGAGUACAUGGACCAAGAAACAAACAAAAACAAACCCACUGGUGUGUCUCUAGGUUACUGCAGUGAUGUAUGGAAACUUAGCUCCAUCCCUUCCCUCCUUGCCCCUCUCCUGGCCCUUUCAUAGAUAAAUAUAAAUAUAUAUAUAUACAGGCUCUAUUUUUUUUUUAAAGUGGCUCACAGGACCAAACUUUUCCAUUCAGAGACUGACUCCUUGCCAAGAGGCAUUGGAAGUUUUAAGGGUUUACCUUUGCAACAGUGUCUUUUCUCAAGCAAGCACUGCAGACAGGCCUGGACGUUUGGAGAGGAUGCUGAGAUGGACAAAGAGCAGAGGCUCAGCGUCAGCGAGGAGCGAAGAGAACGACUUACCUCCAGGGUUAGGGCACAGCCAGCUGCUCACCUCGAGUCACUCAUCCACCAACCUUAGCACCAGCCUGGUUAAGGAUCUCAAGAGCUCUCCUCUUACCUCUCUAAGGGCUUCUGCAGACAAAGCUCCUGGAAUUUGGUGCCAAAGCCUAUGGGAGUGCUGCUCGAUUAGGCUGAAAGCACAGCGACCCCCAGUCCCUUUACCUACAGGAACUCCACUGCCUCCCCGCGCCUGGCACAGCUCUUUCAUAGCUCUCCAUGGCAACUGAGCAUUUUCUUGAUGGAGGCAAGAGAAGAUGAGAGGUGAAGUCUCUGAAGCAGAGUGCCAGAAGCCUCCCGGGGGAUCCCCACUGCCUGCCCGUGCUGGGUGCCGAGAGGGCAGUUCAGCUUCUCCCUGCGAACUUAGCAAGGACUCACAUCUCCCACCCUCUGCAGAGCUCCUCCCGAGCAGAACAAGGACGGAAUGGUGAUGGGGUGAUGAUAGGCUGAUGAAAGGGGGUUACUAGUCCGGGUUUGGUUUAACCCUCCGCUCUCCCCAGGGGACAGCAUCUCUAAGGUACAGCUCCGACCGCAGGCUUCGUGCGGAGCUGCGUUCAGCGGAGCUACCCUGGGGGAGUUGUGCUGCCAAGGCAUAGCCCUUUGACGACUGCUUUAGUGGGAGGUGUCCCUGCCCAUGCCGGGGGGAGUGGGGGAGGUUGGAACAGGGUAAUAUUUAUGGUCACGUCCAACCCAACCCAACCUCCGAAUUUCUCCAUCUCUAAAACUAGGAACAAAGGCUAAAAACUGAGAACAAAGAAUAAAAACUGGGAAUAAAGGAUAAAACCUGGGAACAAAGGAUAAAACCUGAGAACACAGGAUAAAAACUGAGAACAAAGGAUAAAAUCUGGGAACAAAGGAUAAAAUCUGGGAACAAAGGAUAAAAAACUGGAAACAAACGAUAAAAACUGGGAACAAAGGAUAAAAAUCUGGGAACAGAGGAUAAAAUCUGGGAACAGAGGAUAAAAUCUGGGAACAAAGGAUAAAAUCUGGGAACAAAGGAUAAAAACUGGAAACAAACGAUAAAAACUGGGAACAAAGGAUAAAAUCUGGGAACAGAGGAUAAAAACUGGGAACAGAGGAUAAAAUCUGGGAACAGAGGAUAAAAUCUGGGAACAAAGGAUAAAAACUGGGAACAAAGUUUCUACCAAAACAAGGAAAGAAAAACCAAACCCAACCAACCUCCCCCUUUGCCCCCCUCCCCUCCCCAAACCUGACUGCUUAGUUUCAGUACCCCAGAGUGUGAUUAAGGUACCAAGAACAUUCCCCUCUGUGUGUGUGUGUGGUGUGUGUGUGUGUGGUGUGUUCAAACAGCAACAGAAGGUUGAUGCAGUUGGUGCUGGAGCGAGAUACGGAGACUUGUGAGGAGCUCAACCGAUUCUCAUCCUCUUGCAGUUUCCCUUUGUUCCAAAGCUGUUUGUGGCACAGUUCUUUUGAAGUCCCUUCACAUCUCUGUAUCAGGUUGCUGAGGGUUUACAAGAGAUGGCUGAAGCUGUGAGUCUGUGUUUCUAGAGUCCAUGUUUACUUAUUGUAAAUACCAUUUUUAUACUUAACAUCUAUUCCGUA